GAAGGGGCGGUGCUUGGGCGGCCCUCGUCGGUCGGGAGAGAGCGGCGCCGAGGAGUCACCGGGCGGGCGGCGUUGCGCUGGGAGCGGAGAAGCGAAAGGGAGGGGGGGGUGCGCGCGCGCGUGCUGGACCGCAACCGUCACCCGGGCGGCACGAGCUGGCUUGCUCUUCUUCGUAAGGCGAACUUUUGUGAGGCUUCCUUCUCUCCCCCCCCCGCCUCCCCAUUUGUGUGGCGGCGCUCGUGGCUGAGGAAAAGAAGAGGGGAUGCGUUUCCUGCCGGCGGCUCUCGCCACUGCUGCUGCUGCUUCCUCCACCGCCGCGGCCGCCGCCUCUACCGGGUCUUAGUACCGGAGGCCCCUCACGGGCCUCUUCCGCACCCCACUUUACCCCACUCUCCAUCCCAUCCCGAGGGGGCUUCCCCUCAACGGCGGGCCUCGGCUCGGCAUGAGCCGUGACGCCGACUUCGUUUAUUCUUGAACGGGCGGACGACGUUCUUCAGCCUCCCGGCCUCUCCUCCCACUUUCUCCCGCGCAACUCUCCGCCACCUGGCGAGUGGGAGUGACUGGUUCCCCCUGCCCCCCCCCUUUGAAGAUGGGGGUAAACGCCGUGCACUGGUUCCGCAAGGGGCUUCGACUCCACGAUAACCCGGCGUUGAGAGAGGUGAUCCAAGGCGCUGACACCGUGCGUUGCGUCUACAUUCUCGACCCCUGGUUCGCGGGCUCUUCCAACGUGGGGAUCAACCGGUGGAGGUUUCUGCUUCAAUGUCUUGAAGACUUGGAUGCAAACUUAAGAAAAUUAAAUUCUCGUUUGUUUGUGAUUCGAGGACAGCCGGCAGAUGUGUUUCCUAGGCUUUUUAAGGAGUGGAACAUUGCAAAACUUUCUAUUGAAUAUGACUCUGAGCCAUUUGGGAAGGAAAGAGAUGCAGCUAUUAAGAAGUUGGCUAGUGAAGCUGGAGUGGAGGUCAUUGUGCGAAUUUCACAUACUUUAUAUGACUUAGAUAAGAUUAUAGAAUUAAAUGGAGGCCAGCCACCCCUUACCUAUAAGAGAUUCCAGACUCUAAUAAGUAGAAUGGAGCCGUUGGAGAUCCCUGUGGAAACUAUUACUGCAGAAGUAAUGUCAAAGUGCACAACUCCCGUUUCUGAUGACCACGAUGAGAAAUAUGGUGUUCCAUCAUUAGAAGAAUUAGGUUUUGAUACAGAUGGAUUGCCUUCUGCUGUUUGGCCUGGUGGAGAAACAGAAGCUCUUACAAGAUUGGAAAGACAUUUAGAAAGAAAGGCUUGGGUGGCAAACUUUGAACGACCACGAAUGAAUGCCAAUUCUCUUCUUGCAAGUCCUACAGGACUUAGUCCUUAUCUACGCUUUGGCUGCUUAUCCUGUCGUCUCUUUUAUUUCAAACUAACAGACUUGUAUAAAAAGGUAAAAAAGAACAGCUCCCCUCCGCUUUCACUCUAUGGUCAGUUGCUGUGGCGUGAAUUCUUCUACACAGCAGCCACCAAUAAUCCACGCUUUGAUAAAAUGGAAGGCAAUCCGAUAUGCGUACAGAUUCCAUGGGAUAAGAAUCCUGAGGCUUUGGCAAAAUGGGCAGAAGGCAGGACAGGGUUCCCCUGGAUUGAUGCCAUUAUGACCCAGCUACGUCAGGAAGGAUGGAUCCACCAUCUGGCCAGACAUGCUGUGGCAUGUUUUUUGACUCGUGGUGAUCUGUGGAUUAGUUGGGAAGAAGGAAUGAAGGUUUUUGAAGAAUUACUUCUGGAUGCUGACUGGAGUGUCAAUGCAGGCAGUUGGAUGUGGCUGUCUUGUAGCUCCUUCUUCCAACAGUUUUUCCAUUGCUAUUGCCCUGUGGGUUUUGGAAGGAGAACUGACCCUAAUGGAGACUAUAUCAGACGCUAUCUGCCUGUACUCAGAGGUUUUCCUGCAAAAUACAUAUAUGAUCCUUGGAAUGCCCCUGAAGGUGUUCAGAAAGCAGCAAAAUGUGUAAUAGGAGUGAAUUACCCCAAACCAAUGGUAAAUCAUGCUGAAGCAAGUCGCUUGAACAUUGAGAGGAUGAAACAAAUCUACCAACAGCUCUCGCGAUACAGAGGUUUGGGACUUCUUGCAUCAGUGCCUUCUAAUGGAAAUGGAAAUGGAAAUGGUGGCCUAAUGGGAUAUUCUCCAGGGGAAACCCUCCCUGGUUGUGCUAGUACAAGUGGAUCUCAGAUGGGAACAAAUGAAGGCCAUACAGCAAGUGUUCAGUCAUAUGUCUUAGGAGAAUCUCAUAUGGGUACAAGUGGAGUUCAGCAGCAAGGUUAUUCUCAAGGGAGUAGUAUUUUGCAUUAUGCUCAUGGAGACAGUCAGAAAGCACACUUAAUCCAGCAAGGAAGAACAUCACUUGCUGGUGGAGGAUGUGCUGGAAAACGCCCAAAUCCAGAAGAGGAAACUCAGAGUGUUGGUCCAAAAGUCCAGCGCCAGAGCAGCAAUUGACUGGAUAAAACUAAGAAUUUUGAAGGAUACUCUUGAUAGAAAACUAAAUGUUCAAUUCCAAUAUCAGAAGGACUAGGUAUAUAUAUCUCCUGCAUAGUUGAGAACAUAAUUUCCAGUGGAGGAGUGGACCAAAACCAUUGAACCUAACUUCCCACCUGGGAGUGGUGAAGAGCCCCCUGGCAUUCAUUUUGUGUUUUAGCAGUCAUAUAUGGAUAACAUGAGCAUGACUUCUAGUCACAGUUCAGCUAUGCUUAACUCGCCCCCCGUUAACUGUUAAACCGGUCCUUUCUUUGAGUUUGUUGAGUGAUUAAAAUUGUCUACUUGAAACCCCCAGCUGUUUGUGCAAUUUGGGAGAAGAGUAUUUAUUUUGUUAUUUGUUGUUUAAUUUUUAUGUGUUGCAGUUUUUCUAUUGGGAAACUAAAUGUCAUUUUUUUUCUUUUAUUCACUUGGUAAACUUCUGGAAAUUACAUUUUUGUUUCUUCACUAAGCAGCCAAAGGCAUAUGAUUCUGCCCCAUUAGUAGCUUGAUAAUUUCCUUCAUUUUGAUUGGACAACAUUGUGCAGUCAGGGGGAGAGCAGUUUCCUGCCUACAGCAGACUUUCUGGGUCACGCAUAACGUCAGAAUUGGAGAAGGGGAAUGAAAAAAAGCUAACAUGAGCAGAAGUCCACUUCUGGUUUUGAAAACUCUGUGUGUGCGUGCGGUAGAUCUGGAAGGUAAAUCAUCGUUCCAGAAAUCACCCAGGAGUGGUAGUUUACCUUUUGGGUGGGGGGUGACAGGGGAAUCUGUUGCAGCUAAGGGCCAUAAAAGCAGACCUGACAAGUUGCAUUCAGUCAAAAUGCUGCACUUUGCCUACCCUGUUCUAUAUUCAUAUUCUGUUCACUUUCUCUUAUAAGGGAAUAAGAUCCAAACAAACUAGUCUGUGGCUACUUUGUAUAUGGAUUUAGUAAGGUGGUUGCAAUAUUUUUCUCUAUUGCUUAGAAAUUAUUACAUGUCAGAUAUUAAAUUUGUCACACAUAUGUUACAAGUGUCCAAUGCUUAGUUGUGCUUGAAAUGCUUUGGCAUUAACCACUGCAGUGCACCAUGAAACCAGUAUUAUAAAUUAGCAGACUGUCAAAGUGUACUAAUGUUUUGUCUGAAUUAGUUUUCCCCAACUCUCUUUAUCCAAAUCAGCAGCUUCCCAUUUAAAGGAUACAAAAAAAACUUGAAAAAGUUAAUCAUUUGUUCAGUGCUGCAUUUCUGCCCUGUUAUCCUCUACUGUGUAUAUGCUGUGUGUUUCUCUUUCUUUUUAACCCAUGGCACACUAAGAUCUAGAUUUCAAGACCAAGUAGGAGUGAUCUUAUACCGUAGCUUGUUCCCUCAUAGUGAAAAAUUGUGGACCACUAAACGAGUUUUGCUUUGAAGAGGUUUUUUUCCCAAUGUAAGAAGCUUGAUGUAGCAUUGUGUGCAACCUGUAAAAUGUAGUAGAUGCUACAGGUACUUCAAUUUGGUUUAAAAAGACAAGUCUUAACAUACAAAAAUCCAUCCAUCCAUUUAAUUAAAAAAAUCCUGCUCAAAAACUUUUGUAGGUGCCCUUUAGCUGUUUAAUUGUAUAAUAGGCUUUCAGAAGUCUGACCUUGCCCCACUUAGAGACCAGAUUUUCAUGUGCCACCUUCUGCAUACCUACCUAGAAGUAAAUCCGGUUAAACCCAGCAUGGCUUAUUACUGAGUAUACAUGCAUAGGACUGUGGUGUUAAUCUGUCAGUCCCCAUAUUUCUGAGUGUAUUUUUCUUUUGUCUUUUGGUAUCAUUGCCAUUUGGGAUUGUUUCAACACCACCUAUGUUCUAAAAUUCCUUUUCUUUUUUUCCUUUUAACAUUCUACUCUGCUUUCUCCCUCAUUCUUGCUUGUUUGGACUUUUUGUUGCUAGUGAGAAAAUACAUGCUGUAAUUUUAGAAAACCUUAUGUAAUAUAACUUAUACAAUCUAUUUUAGCGGAUCAUAAUUUGCAAACAGGCAGCAUAUGAGGCUUCUGUUAAAAUGCAGAUCAGUUAAAAUAAAAAAAUUCUAACAAAUGCUAGGAUAUCUAGAAGGUAUAAUGAGUACAGUAAAAAUGUUAAUACUGGUUACCAAAAAGCAUAAAAAGAAAAAAAUAAGAUUUCUAAAGUUUUUAUUCUUAAUGGAUUGAUUUCGUUUCUGUCUUACAACGUUGUUGAAAGAGAAGGGUUCGCAUCCUACAAUUUCAGGGCAAAAUUAUUACACAUUGGUUUGAAUUUUUUUGUGUGUGAAAGUACUUGUAUUAAAAUUUGCAUUUUCAUACAUUUAUUUUCACAGAGUCUGAAUAAUUGUAAACAAGUAUGGUUUUUUGGAAUGCAUUGUUUCUAAUUGGCAUUUCUAUGGUUUUUAAACUUUUAAUGACUUUCACAAAGGGCAAAUAGAAAUUUGUAAAUAAAGCAUUUGGCAAUGAAUUUGGUAAUGUAAAUAUAAGCAUUCAUUAUUAGUGAUAGAGUCAUCAAUAUAUUUUUGAUAUUUCGUGUAUGGCUUUCAGUGAAGGCUUUAAUGGAUAGGUAUAAAAUGAAAAUGUUCAGGCAGUGAUGAUCUUUGAUCCUUUUUAGUUUUAAUAUUUGUAGAUUUGAGACGGGAUGUUUGACCUCUUUAUGAUCAAGCUCUGUUUUUAAAAAAAAACUCAGUUCUUUUAUGUCUGUGUAUAAGAUAUAACAGAGAUGUUGUUGUUUGGAAAUAUACUUGUACAUAUGUCUCAUAUGCCAAUAUUUUUGUUAAAUGAUAAAAUUGUUAUGUACUAUGUCCCGUCCUUGUGUUUCUCACUGCCUCCUUCAGCCACAGUGAAAAUUCCCUUGUUAAUAAAAUGUAUAUACAGUUUGUUUCA